AUGAGUAUCAACAAAACACUCCUGGAAGAAUUCAUCCUUGUUGGCUUUUCAAUCUACCCAGACUGGCAAGUGGUCCUCUUUGUGACGUUUAUCUUUCUAUACCUUCUCACCCUCACUGGCAACUUGGCCAUCAUGGCCAUCACCUGGAUGGACCACACUCUCCAUACCCCCAUGUACCUCUUCCUCAGUGCCCUCUCCUUUUCUGAGACUUGCUACACAUUAACCAUAAUCCCUAAAAUGUUGGUAGAUCUUUUGGCCAAGGAUAGAAGCAUUUCUAUUCCAGGCUGUGGCCUCCAGAUGUGCUUCUUUCUUGGGCUUGGUGGUACCAACUGUGUCAUCCUUACAGUGAUGGGCCUUGAUCGGUUUUUGGCCAUUUGUAAUCCCCUCCGCUACCCCAUAUUCAUGACCAACAAAGUGUGUGGGCAGCUUGUGGCCUCAGCUUGGAUAGGUGGUUUCUUCAUCUCCUUGACAGAGACUACAUUGAUCUUUUGGGGAUCCUUCUGUGGUCCCAAUUUUAUCAAACACUUCUUCUGCCACAUGCGAGCAGUGAUCAAGUUAUCCUGCCAAAAUAGAGAUAUCACAGAGGUUGUUAUCACAAUCAUUCCAGUGUCUGGUUUACUUGGGACAUUUUUAUUCAUCGUCCUAACAUAUGUGUUCAUUCUCUCUACGGUUCUAAAGAUCCCCUCAGCUGAGGGGAGGAAGAAAGCCUUCUCCACCUGUGCCUCCCACCUUACUGUGGUCAUUAUUCACUUUGGGUUUGCCUCCAUUGUCUACUUGAAGCCAGAGGCUGAAGAGGGAGACGACACCCUCAUGUCUGUCCCCUACACUGUUGUCACACCCUUCCUCAGCCCCCUAAUUUUCACCCUGAGAAAUAAGGACAUGAAGAAUGCUCUGAAGAAAGUAUUGGACAAGAAAUUUUCCUUAACCAAAUAA